UGAGCUCCGAAUUGUAAGUCUGUUCAGUAAUUAACUUCUUCCCAUAUUCAACAUAUAAGUUUAACCGCAUUCAUCAAUCGGCAGUCAUGUCUUUAGAGAUGCACCAAGGUUUGCAGCGCUCAUUACCUCCCGAACUACUCUAUCACAUUAUAGAGGCUGUCUUACCUUCGAAUCCACUGGCAUUAAUCCCAGCGUCACAUAUUUCGACAAAGACAUUACUUUCUCUGACACUGGUUUCGCGCGAUACAUACAAGUUAGCUAGUCGGCUGCUUCGAGAGCGAUGCCUCUACAUUGAUACUAGUCGACGCCUUGCGCAGCUGUUGCUCUGUCUUCCUCACUCUGUACCAAGCCUCCCGCCUAUAUUGCCACUGCGGAAUAUCACAUCGCUCUAUCUAGCCCCAUUUAAAGACAAGUUGGACGACCAACCCACAGCAGCUUGGGUGCGGGAGCUAUUCUGCGAAAUAUGCGGUACACUGCGAAGGCUGAUUGUCCACAUGCCAUUCCAGAGUUUGGAUCCACUGGAUGACCACUUGAAUGUCAGGAGGACUCUUCGCGAGGGGUUCGAACGGCUUGAUAAACUAGAGGAAUUUGUCUGCCUUGGCGAUUACCCGGCACUGAGCCUUCAAGAUGCUCCUACUGAUGUCUGGGGUCUAUGGCCGGAUCUCAAACGCCUUACAAUAUUUGGGGCACCACUUGAUAAUCAUUGGCUAUGGUGGUACAUCGCGACGCAGCAGCAGCUUGAGCAUGUCAUCCUCGCUCGAUCAGUGAAUGUCGAGGCAGCCAACAUCAAGGAGGAGUAUUUUCACAAAUUGCCACGAGAUGACAUGCGGUUGGACCGGGAUAUCAAAAUUACCCUUCUAGACGCGGCUUUUGUGUGGAGGGGCGUCAAGACAUCACGUUGGAAGGAAUUCGAUCCGAAGGAACGGAUGACAGUCGAGCUGUAUGAUGUGCCAACAUCGUUCUAUGGCGAUGAGAUGCCCAGGGAGCUUGUGACGACAUGGGUGAGACGAGGUGCCUUGAACGGGAGUUUAUGGGAUUGGGAGGGUGAAAUUGUGAAGGAGACUGCGACCGAUGCUACUUGAUGUAUUCGUUCUUCGAUACCCGGGUUUUCCAUCAUCAUAUUGACGAUAUAGUAAGUCUUUGUUUCCGUUCAUUCUCAUGUUAAUCAGCCUUCAUCGUGAUUCGACUGUCAUAGUUGGACCACCUGAGCGGAUGAACACAUCACAAGUUGAAGAACAUUCAGAAAAUACCUAUUCGAGCUCGGUAGAUAAUUAAAUCCGAACUCCAAGUCAAGUUUAUCCAGCUGAAAACAAACCCCGCAAAGUCCAAACCAAUCGUCUACGGAUGCAUCGGAAACGCAGCUCAAACAUCCAUCAAUUGUGAGGCUCCCGGGUAGCUCAUACAGCCUCAAGGGUAUCAAAAAUGGUGGUCAGCAGCUCAAAAGAUUG